AUGGAAUUUUUAAUUCACAAUUUUAUAUCUACGGAGCCUUUGGCUGUGUCAAUUGGUUUCAAAGAGGAGGACGCAAAAAUCAUAACUGCAAAAUGUGUAAAAGAUGCAUUAUCAGACUCAUACUGCUGUGGUUUCUUGACUCACGACGGUCACAUUGCAGCAGUUCGAAUUUCUCAAGUUAUGUGUCGACCAAAAGAGGGUGAGGACGAUGAGACAGAUGAUGGGAAUCUUACCGAAGCUGCGAGGAAAAUUGUUAUGGUUCUAAGUGGAUUAGAAAAACAGAUAUGGGGCAAAGUUCCUUUAGAAGUAAAUCGGCUAAUAACUCAUCAUAUAAUCUGCACCAGUCCUAAUUACAGAAGAUUAGGCCUUUGUCAGAAACUUUUAUCUUGUGAUCUAGAUUGUCAAAAGGCAGCUGGCAUUCAAGGAAGUUAUACCGAAGCAACAGCUAUUAAUUCACAAAAGCUAUUCGCUAAAAUGGGCUUUACAGUGCUUGCCGAAAAUAGCUACGAUUCUUACAAAGACAAAGCCGGUAAUAGGAUCUUUGGUGAAGUUCAAGGCACCAAGGGUGCUCAACUUGUUUAUAAACUUUAUAAUUAA